ACUUAUGACUGGAGUUUACAGGGCGGAGCUAGUCACCAUAAGAGAUAAAUUGUGUGGGGUACAAUAGGUAGAGUCGGGGACGACACGGUUCUUUUACGUUUUCCUGUGCGCGGACUGUGUCAGUGGUCGGCGCGAAAAACUAAACUCUUCUCAAUCCGAUUUAAUUGAAAAGUGAAUCCAAAGAGGACUGUAACAUGUCGGCCAAUAAAGAAGCCGAUGGUGGAUGGAAGACGUUUGUGUGGAAUUCAGAGAAAAGGGAAUUUCUUGGACGGACUGGAAGCAGUUGGUUUAAAAUCUUACUCUUCUACCUAAUAUUCUACGGAUGUCUGGCCGGCAUCUUCAUCGGGACCAUCCAGGCUCUGCUGCUCACGUUGAGCAAUUACACGCCCACCUACCAGGACCGAGUCGCACCCCCAGGUUUGUCGCACACCCCGCGCUCUGAGAAGUCUGAGAUCGCCUUCAACAUGAACGACAAGACCACGUACGAGAAGUACACCAAGUCCAUGACCAGCUUCCUCGAAAAGUACGACGCCAACGUGCAGCUGGACGCGGGAAAAUUUGAUGACUGUCCAGACACGCCAUCCGCGCCAAUAAAGCGCAGGGACCUGGAGACAGACAAGUCCAUGCGCCGGGCCUGCCGCUUCUCCCGCUCCCUGCUGGGGGUGUGCUCCGGUGAGACGGACCCCUCCUUCGGUUUCAAGGAAGGCAAGCCCUGCCUCAUCGUCAAGCUGAACAGGAUCGUCAACUACAUCCCCAGGCCCGUACAAGACAACGCGACCCUGUCCCCGGCUGUUCUAGCCAGACAGAAGCCCAACCUGAUCCCUCUGCACUGCACAAACAAGAGAGAAGGGGAAGAAGGCCUAGUCGGCGAGAUCAAGUACUACGGCUUCGACGGCGGCUUCCCGCUGCAGUACUACCCCUACUACGGCAAGCUGGUGCACCCCCAGUACCUACAGCCCCUAGUGGCGAUCCACUUCACCAACCUCACCAUGAAGACGGACGUGCGCAUCGAGUGCCGCGUGUACGGCGACAACAUUGACACGAGCGAGAAGGACCGCUACCAGGGACGCUUUGACGUGAAGAUAACCAUCUCCUUAUGACCCCCGACCGCAAGUGCCCCCGCCCCGUCUCCCGCCGUGCCCCUUCAAACACAGUUCUAGAAAUUAAAAGUAAAAAAAAAAAGAAAAUAGUAAAAGUCGAAAAAAUUAAAUAAAAAGAGUUCCAAUAAACAAAAGAAAAAAAACACGACUAGUCUUGAAAACGAAACGUUCACGCUAUACAAGACCUUAAAAAAAAAAAUUAAUCUGUGUGCUUUACACUAGCUUUUUUCUGUGUAUGUCGAAGGGGGUUAGAACUACAUGAGGAGUUAGCAAUACACAAUAUUUAUUCUAAUGUAAAUUGAGAAGUAUUCCUUGAGCCAGGGGGACAUGUUCACCUAUUACUGUAAAUUGCGAUUCCACUACUGAUAUGUAGCGAGCUGUGUGUCCGUCUCCAGUGUCUCCCUGAUGUGGUCUCCCCCUCUCUCUAUAUAUAUAUUUUCGGAGUGUUCAGUGCUGUAGUCACGCCACUUAUACUGGCCUUCCCAUGCUUCCCUGUCUCGUGUCGUUUGCUUAGCUUUAGUGGUCCAAGGUGUGUGCGUGUGUGUGUGUUUGUGUGCGCCUGUGUUUGUUCUCUGUGCAGGUGUGCUAAUCUUAGCGUGAGCGUGUGGAUGUUGUCAUGUACUUGUACUAACUGAAAUACUGGCAUGGUACUCUCCCCAUGUGUGAGUAAAAAGGACUGCACUCCCUGGAAUCUCUUCCUCCUAGAUGAUGUUGUUGAAGUAUAUGUGUGUACUUGCUCUCUCUCUGUGUUUUAUUCACGGUUGGCCACGGGCAGUGGACAGGGUCUAAUUCUUUCUCUCUCUAUCUAUCUUUCUCUUUGUCUCUCACUCUCACUCUCUCUCAUUCUUCUGUUUAUUCCAAUUUCAAAGCGGAGCCGGAUAUCCCACGCUCAGAAUAGACAAAUCCGGCCCAAUAUUUUGGGUCUACCGUCUGCUAACGAGCAGUUAUCGCAACCCAAGAGAUACAAUGCUGGCCUGGCAGUGCCCGGGUGGUGCCAAAAACUUGGCAUGGAUUUUCACUUACUGACCGUGGGAUUUCUCACUUCUUAAAAAAUAAAAUGUGUAAACUUAGUGGGUCCAGUGUGAAUGAGUAUCACUUCUGUCCGAACAUGGCAACUCAAUGCUUUUAAAAAUCUUUUUAUUUGUUUUCACGUUUUUUGAUUUUAGAAUUUAUAUUUUUUUUUGCUGGAGACAUCACAUGAUGUUGUGUAACUUUCUAUCGAAUGUUUUAGCCAUUUCCAUGGUUGAAGAAUUGUAUAUUUAUGCAGUUGUACAAUUUUUUUUUUGCAAAAAGAAAAAGUGUAACGUACGAAUGCAAUACCAAAGUGGCUGGUGAAAAAGAUCAUAAGAAGCAACGCAGUGCCCAUGUAGUAGGACGUCAAGUUGGUGUAACAGUGCUUAGAGUCCACGUGGAACAACACAACACCAUUUACUCUUGUCACUUUAUUUAAUCUGGUGAGACUGAAAUAAUUAAACAGAAAAAUAAGCCUGUGCUGAAGUCUUAAUAAACACAUUCAGGAGUGA